GUUUUCGUGAGCGGAGACUGCACCGUGGGCGUCCAGCAAAAUUCCGGACUUGUGAGGGAUUACACAGAGUGGGACUUUCUUCUGACAAAGCCACAUACAGAUCUUUGUAACUAAGAACAACAAACUGAGUUCUGGCAAUGGACGCCAGCGCGAUGUCUGGUUAUAUAUUUUUGGCAGCAGCAGUGUUCCUGUCCUCCAGCGCACUAGUCCUCAAAACGACGACUGAUGAAGUGGAAGUUGGGAGAACGACAAACGUUUCCUUAGAAUGUGUCGACAAUUAUCCCCUACCGGGCAUUUCAGAGGUCAUCAUGGUGAGAAUACUGAAAAAAGACCUUUCUGGAUGGACCAUAACUGCAGAUCUUCGAGUCGACGGAACCAAGGUAUCGGCGAAACGCAAUGACGUCCUCGCUGAAGGCAAGAUCUCCAAAAGGUAUCUGCGGUUAACGUGGCCUGUGGCGACUAACGAUAUUGUUGGCAUGUAUCGAUGUGACGCUAUCAGCCUGACCGCCCAGGCGGGGGUGAGCUGGCAGAAGAGCAUGCCGACUUCCAUCUCCCGGAAGAAGGGGGUCACUCUGCAGAGUCAGGUGGUGGAGGAGAACAAGGAGGAGAACAAGGAGGAGGACCUCCAGCGACAGCGCCCUAAGAAACAGACAAAUAUGGAAGAUGUCACAGAAACUGCGGCGGACAACAAGACAGACUGCGUGCAGCAAGCAGAAGAGGUUCUCCAGAACGUGACAGCCAAGGUGGAGGCUCUCGAGGCCAGCUUUGAGAGCAAGUGGAAGAGCCAGUUACAGGUUCUGAGCCACACGGUAGAGCAGAAGACGAGGCAGUGUCCUGACCAACCACUCUCGCAGAUACGUCAGAUCCUAGAACACAUGGCGAUCAUCAUGGGUCAUGACAAAAAAGAAUUUCUACAACAGAAAGAAGACAUCCUUGAAAAUGUCACGGCCACAGCUGACCUGAGCAUAAGAGAACUUCUGCAACAGAAAGAUGAUAUUCGUGCAAGUAUCUCAGCGACCUUUGAGAAGGAGAGAAAAACAUUUCUACAACAAAAAGAAGACAUUCUUGAAAGUGCCACAGCAACGCAAAGAGAAUUUCAGCAACAGAAAGAUGACAUGCUUGAAAGUAUUAAAGAGACCUUUGAGCAGGAGAAAACAACAUUUCUACAACAAAAAGAAGACAUUCUUGAAAGUGUCACAGCGAAAGUCCAGGCCCUUGAAGCGAGUUUCGACAGCAAGCUGAACGCUAUGAAGAUCCAGCUAAGGCCCGAAUCGUGUGCUGACGUACAGAGUUCAAAACACCGACCCGUGGUCACUCUCAUUAACGGCAUGACUGUUGUCUGCGACACCAAGACUGACAGCGGCGGGUGGAUAGUUAUACAGAGACGGGUUUCGGCCGACGUGGACUUCUAUCGUGGCUGGGCAGACUAUAAGAACGGGUUUGGAGACCUCGCUGGAAACUUCUGGUUUGGUUUGGAGAAAAUCCACCAGCUGACAAAUACGAAGCAAUACGAACUGAGGAUCGAUUUCGCAUUCAACGGAAAAGACAACUUUGCCAUCUACAACAACUUUUUACUGUAUGGAGAAUCUAAAAACUACAAACUUCAAAUAUCCGGGUUUUCUGGUAAUGUAGCAAACGACAUGGCCAUCCACAAUGGGCAAGCUUUCUCAACUAAGGACCGAGACAACGACUCAAGUUCAUCAGUCUGCGCCAAUUAUAAUCACGGAGCUUGGUGGUACAAUAGCUGCCAUUACGUGAAUCUCAAUGGAAAGUGGGGCAUUGCAGGAAGCAUGGGCAUGAACUGGAAGAGUGUCACUGGAUGGACAAAAUCUGUCACCUCUUGCGAAAUGAAAAUUCGACCAUUUGCUUCGUGAAAAAUUGACCAAUAAUUAUCAAUCUUUUUAUUGUGUAUAUAUUUUACUGAAUGUUGGGAUUUUUUCCCCUGCUAAGUUACUUACUUUACUGUAUACUCUUAUCUUACAGUCAAAGAUCUUUCUCUUGUGCCAUAGUCGCCUUGUCUGGCAUUAGAGAGUCAGUGUUGGAAGGAAUAUAUGCUUUUGAUAAUAUGUAUUUCUACUUCUAUUGCUAGGUGUUUAUAAUGGGUGAGUAGUGGUGACAGUUGAUAGGGUACUGCAUUUUUGGGGGUCUUCAUUUCAAUUUCCCUGUCCAAACUUUGGUCCUCUGUAAAUAUGCAUUGCAUCCCCCAAUCUGUUUGAGCAGUGUACAGUCGGUGGUGAUGUUUAGUGGGCUUGAGUUUUUGCUGACUUUCAUUUCUGUCUGUUUUAGCAAUGCCGUUUCUCAUCGUGGUACAGAAAUAUAUGAUUUCGAAGAAAAUGCAAUUUUAAUUCCAAAUUUGUUCUCAGAAAUUGUAAAUCACUGCCUUUCAAACGCAUUUAGAAUCUAUUUGAGACAUAAUGCUUGGUAAAAUGACACAAUAGUGGCUAAACUAAAGGAACGAGUUUUUUAAAUGUUAUUUUAAAGCAAAACCCUCAUUUCAGGUGCCAUCUCUUAGUUAUAAUGCUUACUACAUAGAGAGAAGGAGAUUAGAGAGACAGAUGCUGAGGCAGACAGACAGAAAAAGGUCACGGGAAAAAAUACUGCAAAAUACAAAGACAAAAUAUUCAGAGAGAAUUAGACAGAAAGAGUACAAGUACAAGACAAACAGGAGCUUGCAGACAAUCAGAGAGGGUAACAAAGAUAGGCUACCAGGUAUACGAAGACAUAAUAAUUGGAGUAAAUAUAUUUUAAAAAUGAAACAAAAAUCCAAAGAAUUGAUGACUUAAUACAACA